UCGACGACGACUUCGCGCGGGACGUUUUAUCAGUUAAGUGCGCUCCCGAGGAGCCGCCAGUCCACUCGAGCGAGCGAAAACCUGCCGGUCGGUGUCAUCGAUGAGUACCCCAGCGACUCUUCGCUCGGACAAAUUUUCCUGCCUUUCCCUCGAGGGUGGCCUCGGGUUCAUGGGCGAGAACUCCUCUGCGGGCAGCUUCAAUCUUGCCGCGACGACCCUCGUCGAAUCCGCGCCUUUCCUCGGCAUGUCCAGGGGGGAACGACUCUACGACGACCUGUGCCACCUCGAUCCUUGAAGCGGACGCCAUCGACAAGAGCUACCACGGUGCAUCCUGAAUGCAAUUUACGGUGGCUCUGCAAUUGUGCACAUUACCUCGGCAGCAUUGAGCUCAGGAGAAUAUCGUACAAUCGUUUUGCGUCACUGAUCGCAAUUAACGGGACUUUGCACAAGGAGAGAUUCCAAUCUUGAGCAACGAUGCCGUCCGACGAAAAGAGUGGUAUUAUCGGCAAAACGGAUAAGAACACGGAAGACAACAAACUAGACAUAAUGGUUGACCACCUUGGUGCGGAAAAUGGCAUUGUCAAGAAGGUAGCAGUGUCCUUAGCUGGCUUGAAAGUCCCCCCUGGAUUGGGAUCCAAGAAGGAUGCCGCGGGAGGUGACAAUGGAGGAUCGCUGUCAAGUGGCAGCUCGAUAGUGACGAUUUCCUCGGUUGCCAAUUCCGACCCGGAUCCACAUUUUUCACACCAUAAUCAUGGUCCCGAGGGAAGAAACAUCGCCGACGAGAAGUGGUACCAAACCCUGAUUCAAGUAGCCGUGCCGUUUUUCAUUGCUGGAAUCGGUACCAUAGGAGCCGGCCUCGUCUUGGCACAAGUCCAGAGCUGGCCAGUUUUUGUCACCGUUUCCCAGAUUUUCAUUCUGGUACCGUCUCUUCUGGGCCUGAAGGGCAACCUGGACAUGUGCCUCGCGUCGAGACUCUGCACUCAGGCAAAUCUGGGAAACAUGAGCGGCUGUCGCGAGAUCGUCAAGAUGAUCAUAGGGAACGUGGCACUCGUUCAAGUACAGGCGAUCGUUGCCGCCAUCAUCGUGUCGCUUUUUGCAAUGUCCGUUGGAGCAAUCAUGAACGGUGUCUUCGUGUGGGAGCACGCCGUCCUCUUGAUGACAUCCAGCGUGUGCACUGCAACCAGUUCGUGCUUUGUCCUAGAUUUCGUAAUGAUCGCAGUGAUCAUGAUAGCGUAUCGAUGCAACAUGAAUCCGGAUAACCUGGCCACGCCACUCGCAGCCUCCGUGGGCGACGUGGUGUCCAUCAGCGUCUUGUCGACCGUAGCCUCGGCUCUCUUCCAAAGGUUGGAAUCUCAAAUCUGGAUUCUAUACGUCAUCCUCGGAUGCUACUUUGUCCUCCUCCCGAUAUGGAUUUACGUGGUAUCGAAGAACAAGUACACGAGAAACGUCUUGACGUCUGGAUGGACUCCGGUAUUGUCGGCGCUCUUCAUAAGCGGACUCGGCGGCUUAAUCCUAGACCAAGCCGUAAACGUGUACGAUGGAUUCGUAAUAUUCCAGCCCAUUAUCAACGGCAUUGGGGGGAAUCUGGUAUCCGUCCAGGCAUCGAGAAUCUCUACAAUGUUACAUCAAACAUCCCUCAUGGGUAUCCUGCCUCCGUAUACGAAGAUUUGGGUCUCACCCUGGAAAGCUCUUUUCAAAGGAGUACCAUACGCAAAAACUGCCAGACUGCUCAUUGGUAUGGCCAUUCCCGGCCACCUGGCCUUCGUGUUUGCCGCGGAUUACAUAAAAUGGAAUUACUCCACGUUACACGUGUAUUUUGUCGCGUCUUACAUCUUGGUAGCAGUUUUACAGGUCAUGCUGCUGCUGUAUGUCGCCCAUAUCAUAAUUCACGCGAUGUGGCGGUUCAAAAUAGAUCCGGACAAUUCUGCAAUUCCAUAUUUGACAGCGUUGGGCGAUCUCAGCGGUUCUCUGUUCCUAGCCGGAGCAUUUUGGUUCCUUUAUACUAUAAAACAACCGUACGGUGAUUAUUGAAUGCGAGUCACGAGCAUUGAAACGGCUUGUGAUUGCUCAAGUUGAAUAGAAAUGUAGAUGAUUUUUAUUUAUUAAUCAUCGACCACCUUCGACGUUCCAGUGGACGCUCGGAGAUAGAAAAAAUCAUUCGAGUCGCGGGCCCGUGUUUUCUUCGCGUUUUUAAACCGUCUUCAUCCGAUGGUGAAAAACGUGAAAGAAAAAUUCGGAUAAAGAGAUUUUAAGAAUACUUUGAAAGUACGGGCGAAGGGGAGGAUUGAAGUGAAACGUCAAAAGAUCGACUUUUACAGUCGCUAGCAAAUAGUCUUGGCUAGGAAUAAGUCAAUUAUUAACUCGGAUAAGAGUUUCUCAUCGAGCUGAGCGCAGACGCGUUUCUUUUCUUUUUUUUUUAAGAUUACUGUAAAGUAAAGUAGAUACGUAAUCUGCAGAUUUUACAAAACAGAAUCAUACUUGUAGCGAUAUUCAAUUUACACUUUUUAUAAGUUGUAGCGAAGCAAAAUAUCAAGAUCAUUUGUUGGUACGAUGCACAGUAUUAUAUAAACACUAAGUUUUUUUUACCUCAGAGCUUUUAGCAUCCCUGUACAUAACUCAAGUUCCAAAUUUUGAAAACCGGCGGGCAACUAGUAAUAGACUAAGUAAAACAUGAAACUAUACUUUUAAUUAGAUGUACUGCUUGGUACCAAACAUAUGUAUUUUUAUGGCGCAUUUUAUUAGUUUGACUACGCUGCUUGUAAUGGAUUUCUAAAUUUUCCGCGUUUAAGAAAAUUUAUAUUACACAUGAUAGCAUUAUGGCAGGAACAUGCCCCACCCCGGAUGCCACUUUCUAGUCACAGAAAAUCAAUCCUGCGUGCGCAUCAAAUACCGGUACUAGAGAAAAAAUGCCCCAAGGCAGCUCGCAACAUAUACAAUUAUAUCAAUCGGAUUUUCUAAGUUUCGGAAGUUAGUAGGAACAAUAGAUUUAUACAAAACGUGUCCUCUUUGACUAUAAAACAUACGUGAUAUGCGUUCCCAUCGUAUAACGUAGCAACUACCGAACAUCUGUCCAAUGUCGAAAGGUAGCAAUAAAGUACAUGCAGAUGUAUUACUUCAUAA